ACCUUUGUUCAAGUAUCGGCUUGUUUUGAGUUUAUGAACAGCAUUGUGUCUCCAGUUCUAAUACAUAGGAUGUGAUUUGUAGGCACAAAUCUGACCCCUGCCAUAUUUUUUUCCUCCUGUCCUGAAUUAAGCACUCACACAGCAACAGUGGUUUCACUUGAGUGAUCCUUGAAGGACGAGAACUCUGUGGGUCACCACACUGCCCUGAGCACUACUGUUCCCAGCGCAACUCAACUCGGGGAGAGGCACACAGUAGAGCAUUAUCGGCAGCAUCAAGUGUAGCCAAUAUGGAUUUGUGCAUUUAGGAUGCGGCUGUCAGAGCAGGACAAAGGAACAACCGCCAGUCAGUUAACUACUCGCGAUCACGUUACUUGCACCAGGCCGGGAAAUCAAUAAUACAUUUACAGGCAUGUAAAGGCAGCAGACAGGCAUCUGUCAUUAGCCGCGGGGAGAAGAAAGAUGGGCAAUGGAAAGACAACCCAUCCUUUCAUUGCUCCUACAAUCGGAGCAUGAGUUGGGGGUGAAGGAGCUAGGAGAGCUUGAUAGUUUUAACAGCGAGCAAAGAACCAGCACCCCUUGUUUGCAACUUGCACGAAGCUGUUCUGGGGCUGGAGUCGAAGCUUCCUGUUUAAGGCAGAAACUAAAUCUGCAAAGGAGAAGACGACACAGGUCUGCGAGGCUAUCAGCCCUAAGAAAUAAUUUAGCUGCCAGGCACUAUUUUGAGAGCCUGUUGCUGAGCUACCGCAUUCCAAAGUCCUUUUUUUCGCUGGAGAUCAGUUACAGGACUCAGACAAUGGAGAGUAAUACAAGAGCAUAGCGUUGCCAGAAUGAGGCUUUCCUCAAGACUUGAAAGUAGAAGAUUCUGCAUGGGGGUGGUAGGGGGACUCAGGAGCUGUGAGGGGAGCACAUCACUCUUCUGAAUAAGAGAGGACUCUACACCAAGCAAGGGUGCAGCCAGUAAGUUCAAUGUUAGUGAGAGAACUAACUAACAAAGAUUCACGUCUCAAAUCCAGAAUGGAAAGAAGUCCAGCGGGUCUUUUUGGCAAAAGAGUCUGGAGAUGGGAUGCAUAAAGGGUGAUCGGAGGAGUCAGAUUAUUGGAAUCCGUGUCCACAGCACUUUCAUCUGUUCCAGGGGCCUUCAUUGACGGAGUUCAUUGGUAUUCUGGGUCAGUCAUGGAUCCGAUUCCUCUCAGUUCUUUGAGAUGUACAUUGGAAGCUUCUGAAAUUUUAAUGAAGACACCAGAUCCGAGAAAGAGGCAGCCAGUGACAGGUGUGAAUUUGCAGGGCGCACAAGCAUCUGCCUGAGCUCCUGGUUCCCUGCAGAGUCUCCGAAGCAGCUGGGCACAGAGGCCCAAUGGCAACCGGAACCUGACCCGCUUAGACUUGGAAGAGAAUCCAAAGUGGGGACUGUAAGCCCCCAGGCUUCCAAACUGCCGGGAUCUCAGGGGCUUACUUACUGUGUGACCCUCUAGCUCCUGGGAGAAGAACCUGAGAGUGAGCGGGGCUGUUGCCAGGAUGACUCAGGGAUUCUGGAAGGUCUACAAGGCCAAAGUUCUACAGACCCUUGGUGGAGAGCUGCCGGAAGAGGAACUCCAGGAUGAGAGAGAUAACCCUGAACUGAUGGAAACCACAGACUCAACCCUGCUGACAGAGGAGGGGUCAAAUCCUGUUUCUCAGCUGGCACGGCGGGUCCAGGGUGUUGGAGUCAAAGGCUGGAGAAGUGUCUCAUCUUUGUUCAGCCGGGAAGACGAACAUAAGUUGCUGGCUCCUGAGCCUUGUCCCGACCACCCACUGGCAGCCAGGCCAGAAGAGGACUCCCCUUCUGAAAAGAAGACAUCUGGCCUUUGGGACGUCUUUGCCACAAAGUGGCAGCAAACUUCAGCUCUGGAAAAGGCAGCUUCGAAGGCUGAGAGUGGAGACCAGAUGUCUGAGGGCACUGGAGCAUCGGGAGAAAUGGCGGCUGAGGAAGACAGCUGCACCAGCCUGGACAACGACCUCCGAGAAGCUGAAGGGGUGGCCUUCAAGUGGAGCUUCCUGACCAGCAAGCUGGCCGAGAUAAAGAACAAAAGUGCCUCUAAGAGCAACUAGGAAGGAACGUGAAAGAAAUGGACUUUGUGACAUAAGAGACAACCUAUUUCCAUGCAGGGCAAGCGUUUUUGGCCUCCCCGCACCCCGUUUCUCCAGGAAUCUUUGACAGAACAGUCAGAGAUGAUGUGAAAGUCCCGGGGCCAGAGCUCGGUGUUAUUUAACCCUCAAAACAUUAGGAUGCCCCAAAUGUGUGUGUCUCAUGUAUCAAACCAUAUCCAUUCCAUCUCUCCCCUUCUCUGAACAUUGCUUUCUUGAGAUAAAAAAAAUAGACAGGUUGAAGCUUCUGCCAGAGGUUUUCUGCCCAGCAAGAAAAGAGGUUGGACAGUCUCAUUGUUUUCCAGGCUUGCAUGGUUUCACGACACUCAUGUGUUUUCUAAGGAAGCUUCCUCCUCCUGAGUGCUGAUCACCCAAGCGUCCAAUCAAAGUGUGGAGGAGGCAACAGGGGAUCCUGAGUCAAAAAGGUGUGUUGGAUAGACUGAGAAGACCUGGGUUCAAAUCCCAGAUCGGCCACAGAAGCUGUGGGCAAGUGACCAUCUCUCAGUCUAACCUCCCUUGUAGAGUUCUUACGAGGACUGAAUAGGAUAGCUCCAUGCAUUUUGUCCUUGGAGGAUGACCGGUCUACAAGGGUUUUCAAUAGGAAAUAAACAAAUCCUUGCAUCAAGACCCUUCCUAAUGGGACCAGCAAUGGCGCCCCAACACUGACAGGCUGGCCUUGCAGUUGAAGAAUGGCUCUGUGGUGUUCGAAUCCCAGGAGCCCCCUCUCUUAAGCAAAAGGGCCUUAGCUCAGUGGUAGAGGACCUGCUUUGUAUGCAGAAGGUCCUGGGUUCAAAACCCACCCACCCCCGCACCCCCAGGUGGGGCUGGAAAAGAAACCUUCCUGAACUCCCAGGGAGCUGCUGCCAGUCAGUGUAGACACUACUGAACUAGGUGAGCCAAUGACCUGACUUGCUAGAAGGCAGCUUCCUAAGAUACAGGCUGCUUGGCUCCGACAUUUAGAUGGUCUGAUUUGGUAUAAAUCAGCUUCCCGUGUUCCUAGCCUAGGAGGAUCUGGCUAUCAGCCCAACUGGGCAAGAAGCAGGAGCAUAGUCUAAAAAGAGCCAGGUGAGACUGACCAGGGGCUGAUCACUGAAAACCCCAAAUGGAGACCCCUUCUCUACUGGGGCCUUACACUAGAUCAGGCAUAGGCAAACUCCAGCCCUCCAGAUGUUUGGGACUACAAUUCCCAUCAUCCCUGACCACUGGUCCUGUUAGCUAGGGAUGAUGGGAACUGUAGUCCCAAACAUCUGGAGGGCCAGAGUUUGCCUAUGCCUGCACUAGAUACACACUCGCAAUCUAGAACAGUGGAGGAUUGGGGGUGCAGAUCUUGCUACAGCUAUCAUCAUGCUCCAGUCACACAACUCAAGGCAAACUUCUAGUGAGCAACGUGCCCUGACGAGGGCUGGAAGUGCCUCCAGCCCAUCUUUCUUGGGCUUCAUCCCCUUGUGGGGAGCUAGAGCCUCCUAAAGACGGGCACGUCUUCUGCAUUCUUCUGCAUUCCACGGACUCUUGCCUGCCACACUCCCUACACCAUGGAAUGGACAAGUCAGUUUGGGCGGCACUUGGUUCCUUGAGCCUACAGGAAGGCGCCCAGGGAGAUUCAGGUUCAGCUUCUGUCAGCUGCUGAUCACCAGAGUCAGACUCAGAGCCAGGAAUGCAACGUCUUAACCAGUGACACUGCAGCUUCCAACUCAUUGUCCUGGUUACUCCUGGACUCUGGGAUUAUGACACUUAAUCCAUAGCCUGUCAACAGCCUAAGACUACCACUCACAUCAAGGAACUUAGGUUCGUUGGUUCAUCUAUCCGUCCAUCCCUAUACCACAUUUUCUCUCCUGCUAAGGUUUUCCUUUGGCAGCGGGGGUGGGGAACCUGUGGCCUUCCAGAGGUUGUUGGAAUACAGCUCCCAUAGUCCCUGACCGUUGGACAUGCUGGUUACCUGGGCUGCUGGGAGUUGGAGUCCAAGAACAUCUGGAGGACCAUGUUAGCCACUCCUGCCUUAGGGACAUGGCUUUGAAAUGACCAAUAGAUCAGUGGUAGAGCAUCAACUUUGUACACACAGAAGGACCCAGGUUCAACCCGUUUCAAAGAACCAGGUGAUGCAGGAGCGAGCUUUGCCUAAAACCUGGGAGCCACUGCCAAUCAGUGUAGACAGUACUGGAUUGGACCAGUUAAUGGCCUGAUUCAGUAUGAGGCAGUUUCAUAUGAGAACUUCCCCAAUUGCCCCAGGAGCAGAUAUUCUUCAGUUACCAAAGUUUCUUCUUUUAACUGAUGUUGUUGGACUGCAGCUCCCAUCAUUCCUGAUCAUUGACCAUGUUAGCAGGGGCUGAUGGGAGCUGGAGUCCAACAACAGCAGGAGGGCCAUGGGUUCCCCAGCCCUGUUCCAAGGGAACAGAAAGUCACCAAGGGAAGACUCAGGGUUUAUCUACACUUACCAUUCCUCCAGUCUUUCCAUGCAUGGUCUGUGCUUUAAAACUCUGUGUCUGAGCACCCUUCUUUUUGCUCCGGUGCUUUCUCUGAGAAAACCCACUCUUCAAAGCUUGGUUGGAGCAAACGCCAAUCCAUGGAAAACCCAAAUUGACAUUUGCUCUGAUUGAGCACUAAAGAGUGGCUUUUCACAGG